UUACAACAGUACAUUAUACAACAUAUAGAUAAACGUGGUUUACAAAAGAGGAACAUUAAAAAAGUUUUGAUCAAAGCUACCGAUUAAACUCCAUUUCAUAUAAAAAAAUAUUUUUUGGUAAGUAACUCAUCACCACACAAGAACGGUACAAAAGGUUUAUUCAUGGGAAAAAAUAACACAAGAUUGUAAAAGAUGGGAUAGGAAUAUCACAAAUCGUGAAGUUAACGACAUUAAUUUGAAAUAUUUGACUUGCAACCCGAAAACUGCUGGACAGGCGGACACGGCUACUUCAUUAGGUCGUGAUUUCCAAAUCUCGCGGGUUGAGGAAAACGGGUAAAAAAGUUAUCGUCCUCGGUCUCGCGAGACUUCCUUGAGACAAGCGGUCGGUUUUCACGGGCAGAAACCGUUUCCCGAAGCGGAGCCCGAACGGAUUGUAGUUGAACGGACUCCGCCGGUCGUUGCAGAGCAGUUGACGCUGCUCGUCGUUCCCUCUCAGGGAGAUGCACGGGUUGUGGUUCUCCGGUAAGAUGUCCGUUAAAUCCGUCCUCUUGGCCACCGUCAGCUCUGAGAAACUGGUCGGUCCGCGACCUGUCGGGAAAACACGAACUUCACUUGAAAACGAUGACUAUUGUCUUCCUGUUCGGCCGAUAUUGGAUUGUUGCCUACAUGACGCCUACAUGACAUACUAACUAAAAAACAUCCAGUGUGGUCCAGCAGCAGGCGGCCUCUGAUAGGCCGGACAAUCCUCCCUGUACACCAACACUGCGCACACUUUCUUUAUGAAUAACCUUACUUAAUAUUGAUGUUAGUUUGUAUUUUGUUUCAGAAACAUAGAAUGGUGUUUCUUCACCAUUAGGCUGAAAUCUGUCAUCAUAGUAUUCUCUUUUUGUAAUCUAGUAAUCUCCUGGUUAAAGGUUAGGGUAUUAGUAUCGCUCCAACAGUUUCAUCAUUUGACACGGGCAGACGGCUAUGAAGUGUUUGUUUGGCCCUGGUGGGAGGGGCCGGCCCCUGACCCCUCAACCAAUCACCUCGCUGCGUCCCAAUUGAAUAGUGGUGAACUCUGGGCCCGCCGCUGUUUGCACAGUGGAACAGCUGUGUUCAAACAGUGACCCGAACACGGUCCGCACGGUCGUUAGGGGAGCCUCGUUAGACAGCAGGACCCUCCGACGCCUCACCAUGCCGCUGGCCCGAUCCUUCUCCAUGACCUCCCUGAGCGGGGUGCUGCCCCAGUGGGACGAGGAGGACCUCCCCGUGGACGACCUGCUGCUCUUCGAGGUCGCCUGGGAGGUCACCAACAAAGUGGGGGGCAUCUACACGGUGAUCCAGACCAAGGCCAAGAUCACGGUGGACGAGUGGGGGGAGAACUACUUCAUGAUGGGGCCGUACUACGAGCACAACUUCCAGACCCAGGUGGAGGCGUGCGAGGCCCCGCUCCCCGCCAUCAGGGGCGCCAUGGACGCGCUCAUCAGCAACGGCUGCCAGGUGUUCUUCGGCCGCUGGCUGAUCGAGGGCAGCCCCUAUGUGCUUCUGUUUGACGUGGGCGGGGCCUCCGGGAACCUGGACCGCUGGAAGGGUGACCUCUGGGACUCCUGCAACAUCGGCCUGCCCUCCCACGACCACGAGGCGGGCGACGCCCUGAUCCUGGGCUCCCUGGUCGCCUGGUUCUUCAAAGAGCUGACGGAUCGCCUUGGCGACGCCCCCAACGUCAUCGCUCACUUCCACGAGUGGCAGGCGGGCGCCGGGCUCAUCCUGUCCCGCGCCCGCAAGAUCCCCAUGGCGACGGUGUUCACUACGCACGCCACCCUGCUGGGGCGCUACCUCUGCGCCGGGAACGUGGACUUUUACAACAACCUGGGCAAGUUUGACAUCGACCGGGAGGCGGGCGAGAGGCAGAUCUACCACCGCUACUGCCUGGAGCGGGCGGCGGUGCACUGCGCCCACAUCUUCACCACUGUGUCCCAGAUCACGGCCGUGGAGGCCCAGCACAUCCUGCAGAGGAAGCCAGACGUGAUCACCCCCAACGGGCUGAACGUGAAGAAGUUCUCCGCCAUGCACGAGUUCCAGAACAUGCACUGCACCAGCAAGGCCCGCAUCCAGGAGUUUGUCAGGGGACACUUCUACGGACAUCUGGACUUCAACCUGGAGAAGACGCUGUACUUCUUCAUCGCCGGCCGUUACGAGUUCUCCAACAAGGGAGCGGAUCUUUUCCUGGAGGCUCUCUCAAGACUCAACUACCUGCUCAGAGUCCAUAAGGAAGAUGUCACCGUUGUGGUGUUCUUCAUCAUGCCCGCUAAAACAAACAACUUCAACGUGGAGUCCCUGAAGGGACAAGCCAUACGCAAACAGCUUUGGGACACGGCCCAAGGCAUGAAGGAGAAGUUUGGGAAGCGUCUGUACGAGGCUCUGCUGAAGGGGGAAAUCCCAGAGAUGAACAACAUCCUGGACCGCGAUGACUUCAGCAUCAUGAAGAGAGCCAUCUAUGCCACUCAGAGACACACACUGCCCCCCGUGACGACUCACAACAUGCUGGACGACGCCACCGACCCCAUCCUGGCCAACGUGAGGCGCAUCGGCCUCUUCAACGCCAGGAGCGACCGCGUCAAGAUCGUGUUCCACCCUGAGUUCCUGUCCUCCACCAGCCCCCUGCUCCCCAUGGACUACGAGGAGUUUGUACGCGGCUGCAACCUCGGAGUGUUCCCGUCCUACUACGAGCCCUGGGGGUACACACCUGGGGAGUGCACUGUGAUGGGGAUCCCCAGUGUGACCACCAACCUGUCGGGGUUCGGCUGCUUCAUGGAGGAACACGUGUCAGACCCAGCAGCAUAUGGUAUCUACGUGGUGGACCGGCGGUUCCGCUCGGCCCAUGAGUCGUGCAGUCAGCUGACUCAGUUCAUGUUCGGCUUCUGCCAGCAGUCGCGGCGCCAGCGCAUCAUCCAGAGGAACCGCGUUGAGCGGCUGUCGGACCUGCUGGACUGGAGGUUCCUGGGCAGGUUCUACGUCCACGCCCGCCUCCUGGCCCUCAGCCGGGCGUUUCCUGACAAGUACGAGAUGGACCCCAUGGCGCCCCCGAAGGCCGAGGGGUUCCGGUACCCGCGGCCCUACUCCGUGCCCCCCUCCCCCUCCGCCUCCCUCCACUCCACCCCCCACCACAGCGACGCCGAGGACGACGACGACGAAGACGAGCCCUACGACGAAGAUGAGGAGGCGGAGCGGGACCGCAUGAACAUCAAGACGCCCUUCGUACUGGGGGGGGUCCCGGGGGGCCGGAGGAGGUCGCAGCUCGUGGAGGACGAGGACGAGGACUAG